CUUGGCAGAUCUCGGAGAACAUUGUAUAUUUGGAUCGAAUUGGGCUAACUUUCCUCUGAAAAUGUCGUCAAUUUUUGAGACCUUGAACAACCUCAGCAAGCCACUGCUGUUGUCGAAGGGUGCACCCAAAAUAAGAAUUGACGACUGGACCUUCCGUCUUCACUAUAGACUGACCGCCCUCCUUUGCAUCCUCUUCUCGGCCCUGGUCUGCAUGAAGGAAUAUAUUGGGGACCACAUCAAGUGCGUACACAUGCAAGAGGACGAAGGAACGGAUCCAAUUAUUCCUAAAAAAGUGCUCGAAACUUACUGUUUCAUCACGACGACAUUCACGGUUCCUUACAAUUCAGCCACCAGCCUUAUGAAAAUGGAUUAUAAGACUUCAACCAUGCUUGGAGGGCCUGGCUACAUUGAAGGAAGAAAUGAAAAGGUUUUCCACGCCUACUACCAAUGGGUAAAUGUCUAUCUAUUCCUUAUGGGCGUGCUGUUUGCAAUUCCUCAUGUAAUUUGGAAAGCUGUGGAUGACAACAAGUUAAAGAAUCUGGUGCAAGAGUUAAAUGUACCAGAACUACCUAUGGGGAAGUCCAUGAAAAGCAAACAAGUUAUAAUGUUAGCAGACUACAUUGUAAAAUCAACUGGGACACAUUCUGCUUGGGCAAUGACAUUCCUGUUUUGUGAAUUUUUAAACUUGCUUAUCCUUGGAGGCCUUUGCUAUCUAACGGACCUCUUUUUAAGUAAAGAGUUCUCCACGUAUGGAAUUAAGGUUCUGCAGUUUUUGGAAGGAGACCCUGAGGACAGAUCAGAUCCAAUGGCCGAUGUCUUCCCGAGAGUCACAAAAUGUGAUUUAAGCACUUAUGGACCGAGCGGAUCCAUUCAGCGAUUUAACGCAUUGUGCCUUUUACCGUUAAAUGUCAUAAAUGAGAAAAUCUUUACAUUUCUCUGGUUUUGGUUCGUUGCUGUGUCGUUCGUCUCGCUGGGUGGAUGGAUUUAUCGAUGCAUGACGUUGCUCUCGACCAGAAUUCGGUGUCAAUCUCUUGGCGUUGAUUCUUACAAGACGGUGGUGAAGCAGUUGACCACGUCGGACUGGGUGCUGCUUCACCUACUACGACAGAACCUGGAUCAAAUCACCUUUGACAAAUUACUUUAUUUGGUUGAUGAACAGCUAUAGUGUGUCACCUAUUUAUUUAUGAUUAAAUAGUACACGUUUCAUUCA